UGUGGCCAACCCUGAUUAAACAGUGAUUGGAUUGGGGAAGCAUUUGGAGGAGAAAAUAUAGAAUACUAAGUUUGCUACUUGGAAAAGAAAAAACAUGGCUUCCAACACGGCAAACCCUGCUAACCAUUUGCCGUACUUCUUUGGCAAUAUUACACGUGAAGAAGCUGAGGAGUAUCUGACACAAGGAGGAAUGAGUGAUGGACUAUACUUGCUCCGCCAAAGCCGGAAUUACCUGGGGGGCUUUGCCUUAUCCUUGGCCCAUGGAAGGAAGGUUCAUCAUUAUACAAUUGAGAGGGAGCUGAGUGGCUCAUAUGCUAUUGCAGGAGGCAAGUCGCAUGCCAGUCCUGCUGAACUCAUUAACUAUCACUCAGAGGAAGCGGAUGGCCUUAUCUGUCUACUGAGAAAACCUUUCAACCGUCCACCAGGUGUUGAACCCAAAACAGGACCCUUUGAAGAUUUAAAAGAGAACCUCAUCAGAGAGUAUGUCAAACAAACUUGGAAUUUGCAGGGGCAUGCUCUUGAACAAGCUAUCAUUAGUCAAAAGCCUCAGCUGGAGAAAUUGAUUGCCACUACAGCCCAUGAGAAGAUGCCAUGGUUCCACGGGAGGAUCUCUCGAGAAGAGUCAGAACACCGUAUCCUCGUUGGGUCAAGAAACAAUGGAAAGUUUCUUAUCCGAGAAAGGGACAGCAAUGGUUCCUAUGCCCUGUGUCUGCUGAAUGAUGGAAAAGUACUGCAUUACCGUAUUGACAGAGAUAAGACAGGAAAGCUCUCCAUACCGGAUGGAAAAAGAUUUGACACCCUCUGGCAGUUAGUUGAGCAUUAUUCAUACAAACCAGAUGGAUUAUUAAGGGUUCUUACCAUUCCCUGUCCACAGCUUGGCUCAGAAAAUGAUAGUGUUGUUUUUAACACUCGUCUUCCACUUCCUGGAACCCCUUCUAAGAGUUGGGCAGGAGGUGGAAUUAUCUCAAGACUCAAAUCGUACACCUUUCCAAAGGCUGGCAGCAAAAAGCUUCAGCCAACUAUUGGCCACCCACCUGAUGAAGCACCUUUUAAUCCUUACGUGCUGCAAAGGAAGAGGGGUCUUACAGGAGCAGAAAAAGGUGAUCAGAGAGAGGCCUUACCCAUGGAUACUGAGGUCUAUGAAAGUCCAUAUGCUGAUCCAGAUGAAAUGAAACCAAAAAAUGUCACUCUUGACAGGAAAUUGUUAACCUUGGAGGAAGGAGAACUUGGCUCUGGCAACUUUGGUACUGUAAAGAAAGGGUUCUAUAAGAUGAAAAAGGGUGCCAAGCCAGUGGCUGUAAAAAUUCUUAAGAAUGAGAGUAAUGAUCCAGCCAUAAAGGAUGAAUUACUGAGAGAAGCAAAUGUGAUGCAGCAACUGGAUAACCCAUAUAUUGUCCGAAUGAUAGGCAUAUGUGAAGCUGAGGCCUGGAUGUUAGUAAUGGAAAUGGCUGAACUUGGGCCAUUGAACAAAUUUUUGCAAAAAAAUAGACAUGUCACGGAGAAGAAUAUAACAGAGCUGGUACAUCAGGUUUCCAUGGGGAUGAAAUACCUGGAGGAGAAUAACUUUGUUCAUAGGGAUCUGGCUGCAAGGAACGUGCUGUUAGUCACCCAACAUUAUGCCAAAAUUAGUGACUUCGGACUUUCUAAAGCUCUUAGUGCUGAUGAAAAUUAUUAUAAGGCACAAAGUCAUGGAAAAUGGCCAGUCAAGUGGUAUGCUCCAGAAUGCAUGAAUUUCUACAAAUUUUCUAGCAAAAGUGAUGUCUGGAGCUUUGGGGUUUUGAUGUGGGAAGCUUUCUCUUAUGGGCAAAAACCAUAUAAGGGAAUGAAAGGUGGUGAAGUUGCACAAAUGAUUGAAAGAGGAGAACGAAUGGAACGUCCUGAAGUCUGUCCAACAGAAGUCUAUGAUCUAAUGAAAUUGUGUUGGACAUACAAUGUUGAUGACCGACCAGGAUUUGUUGCGGUCGAGCUGAGAUUACGUAACUACUAUUACGACAUUUCCCACUAACAGCAUGAAGAACAGCAGCUUCCUUGCCUCCAGCCAGCACCCCCUGAGAAGCAGUUCAGUUUCCGAAACCAAGCAACUUUGAUUUUUGUACUGCCACUUUCACCCUGCAAAGCUCAGAGCUAAGCCCUGUGUCUGUAGGGUUGCGUUUUCUUGCCUUCUGCGCAAUAUCCAGCCCCGAAAUAGCGUGUUGAAAGUGGAGAGGCCCCAAAGCGAGCAGCAAGGACGUCAGAGCAGAUGCUUAUACUUUUGCUACAUUCCAUUUCAUUUUAUUUACAGCUUUAUUGGCAUUACAUUUUGUGGUCGUGUAAAACCUAUUUAAUGACUUUCAGCCCUCUUCCUCUCUUGUAUUUGAAUGUGGAUUGGAAUUUAGAUUCUUGUUACUAAUAUUCUUAGCCCUCAAAUGCAUUAAGGGUUGUUCCAGCCUUCCCCCUCCCCAAGGAA